CGCGGAGGCUCGCGGCGCGCUCGGAGCCAGACCUGCGAGCCGGCGUGGGCGCUAGCCUCGGGUCUCCCGGAACGAUGGUGAAGUUGGGGAACAAUUUCGCGGAGAAGGGCACCAAGCAGCCGCUGCUGGAGGAUGGCUUCGACACCAUCCCCCUGAUGACGCCCCUCGAUGUCAAUCAGCUGCAGUUCCCGCCCCCGGACAAGGUGGUGGUGAAAACUAAGACCCAGUACGAGCCCGAUCGCAAGAAGGGCAAAGUGCGCCCUCCCAAGAUAGCCGAGUUCACCGUCAGCAUCACCGAGGGGGUCACCGAGAGGUUUAAGGUCUCCGUGCUGGUCCUCUUUGCCCUGGCCUUCCUCACCUGCGUCGUCUUCCUGGUCGUCUACAAGGUGUACAAAUAUGACCGUGCCUGCCCUGAUGGCUUCAUCCUCAAGAACACCCAGUGCAUUCCAGAAGGCUUGGAGAGCUACUACGCGGAGCAAGACUCCAGUGCCCGGGAGAAGUUUUACACCGUCAUCAACCACUACAACCUGGCCAAGCAGAGCAUCACACGCUCCGUCUCACCCUGGAUGUCGGUUCUGUCGGAAGAGAAGCUGUCCGAGCAGGAGACCGAAGCCGCUGACAAGUCAGCUCAGUGAGACGGGCAGGUUCCUCACAAUGUGUCACUCGAAGGUAACAAAGGGACUUGGAGGGACGUUUCGUUAAAUAUAAUUACCGAUAAUUUAGAGGUUACUCAUUUAUGGUGCAACCGCUUCUGUUUGCUAAUGCUGCUUUGCCAAUAAAACUUGCUGCCGACCGCUCAUGGGCAUAAGAUCAAGUGCAUAUCAGCAUUGCUUAAAGAGCUGUGACACCACGUUCCAUGUUAAGGAAUCUUAAUUUAGCUGCUUUACUGGGAUUUAUGGGAUGCCAUGAGAAAGUAAAUUUACACUGGAUAUGCAAGGGGUUUGGAUUCAGAUAAAUAAUGCGUUUCGUGGAAUCAAUUUUUUUUUUUAUUGCCCUCCCCCUCCCCACUGCACUGCUGUUUGCAAACCUUACUCCACAGCCAUAUUUAGACGGGUCCCCACUUGGUUAAGAGCAAGCUGUACUUCAGAUUUCUUCCCACCUUCAAUCAGGCGGCAGCCGGGCCAUCACCAUGAUGUAUGGCAGUGAGAGGUGCAGAGAAGGAAGGAAAUGGGACGUCCGGUAGGGGGUGCGCCCUUCCCUUCCCCGCGCCCACUCCGAAGCGGCCGAGUGUCCCGCAGGAGGGCCCGCUCGGGAGGCUCUAUUCCGCCCCCUGGAGCUGGCUGGAACCUUGGCGCGGAGAGCACCGUGCUUCAGGCCGGCGCAUGUAGACCGGGUCCAGUGUCCCAGCACGUGUGGUGAGGGGCUGUGGGAGGACCCUGGGCCACGGGCCUGAGGAAGUCCGGGCCCCUGUAGGUAGUCCGUCUGCUCUGUGACGUGUUGAAUAGGAGCGACACCCUUUGGUCUUUUUUGUUCUGUCCUGUUAAUGAAUAAAUUUGCACCAACAGCCCUGUUAGCGAGUUAGUUUUUAAGACCUUAUUUGUGUUGGCAAAGUCAAAAUGUAAUUGCUGGGAAGCCAAGACUGAUUUUUAUUUUGUGAACUAGAAAUCUUUUCACGUAAGAAGCAGGCAGGGGAGGCUGGGAGGGGCUGGCGUGGCAACUUGCAGAUCCAAUGAGGACAUUUCAAUUCACGAUCUUUGUAAAGAAGUUACAUUUCAAGCUGAAUCUUGACAUUAAAGGAUAUGUUUACAAAAUUGCCAGUUAGCUAAGCUACGUGUGUAAAACCAUUAAAUGGAAACAAGGCAUCCGCAGACA